AGAUUUAGCAAACGUAAACAAUAAUAAUUUUAAUCGUAAAUUAUCAGGAUUAUGAACAGUAACAAGUAUGAUCCGGCGGAACUGCCUGAUCUCUUACCAAUUUAUUACAAACGUCUUUUCCCAUACGGUCCUUAUUACAGGUGGCUGCAUUAUGGGGGAGUUCCGAAACACUAUUUCACAAACCGAGAGUUUUCCUUCACACUGAAAGACGAUGUUUACAUUCGAUACCAGUCGUUUCCUGAUCAGCAAGACCUGGAAAAGGAGAUACAGAAAAGAUGUCCGUACAAGAUUGACAUUGGUGCCGUCUUCUCUCACAGACCCAAGGACCACAAGACGGUUAAAGCCGCCGCGUUCCAGGCCCAGGAGAAGGAGCUAGUGUUUGACAUCGACAUGACAGAUUACGAUGACGUCAGGAAUUGCUGCUCGCAAAAUGCUCACCCACAGCAUUCUGUGGAGGAUUUCGGUUACGAUCACCUGCUGUGGGUGUACUCCGGUCGUCGUGGUAUUCAUUGCUGGGUGUGUGACAAAGGAGCAAGAAAACUGUCGCAGACGGCAAGGUCGGCCAUUGCAGAAUAUCUCACUGUUGUCAAGGGUGGUGAUAACCAGACCAGGAAAGUAACCCUAGAUGAGCACAUGCAUCCACACGUCAGUCGAUCAUUUGACAUCAUAGAAGAAUACUUCACCGAAUAUGCCGUACGGAAACAAGAUUUCUUAGAAGAUGAACAGAAGUGGACGAAGGUGUUGGCUUUAGUUCCAGAUGAAACCCUGCGUGAAAGCUUGAUGACUGAUUUCAAGAAGGUUGGAACGAGCUCCAGUUCGCGCUGGGCCAUCUUAAAACAGAGAAUCAGCGAAUGUCAUGCCAAGGGCCUGUUCAGGAAGUCGCGGAAUGUGGUGCAGGAAAUAAUGCUACAGUAUUGUUACCCAAGACUGGAUGUCAACGUCAGCAAGGGAGUUAAUCAUUUACUGAAGAGUCCAUUUUGUAUCCAUCCCAAAACAGGACGAGUAUGUGUCCCCAUGGACCAAGACCAUAUUGAUUCUUUCGAUCCUGCUUCCGUUCCAACUAUCAGUAAUUUAGUGGAAGAGUUGAAUCAACUGGAAACUGGAACCACUAAAAUAAAGGAUUACAAGAGGACAUCUCUUGGGCCGACAAUUGAUGUUUUUGAGAGAUUUCUGAAAAAACUCGAGAACACUUGGAAAGGAAAACUUAUAGAGCAGAGUGAUAUGAAGAGAGAAUUUUGAAGAUUCAAAUUUUUAAAUCUGGCGGAUGAUUCUGUUCAAUAUUUGUUCUGACAGACAGACAUACAGACAGACGGAUGGAUGGAUGGAUGGACAUAAGUUUAUGUUUAAUUAAGACAUUUUGUUCAACAAGACAGCAACACAAACUUGCUGUUAGUACUAUUCUUGAUCUGUGUAAUAAAUUGUUCUUUAACCCGAGUUAUUGUAA